GCUAGCUCUCUGCCACCUCACCAAGAAUCGUUUCAACAGACUCUUCAUUCAGCGCGAGUGCGAGCGGUAGUCCACGGACGGCGUCGACGACGGCGCAGUUCAGUCCGCAUGCCGCAGACACUGCUCAACGUGACGCAAUGCAGUCUUCCGUCCGCCGCGACCGUCACCGCCAAGCAGUUCAAGCUGUUCGUCAAGUUUGUGCAAGCUGUAGCCGGUAACAGACGAAUUGUAACAAAGUGGUUGCUGUGGCGGGGGGCCAACUCGUGCAUCAAUCAGCUGAACGAAGAGGGCCGAGGUGCGCUGCACAUUGCAUGUUACCAUGGCAACAUUGACAUGGUGAACUUGCUCCUCACGCAAGGCGCCGAUGCACAUCUCAUGAGCAUGGAAGAGGGGGGAAACCUUCAACCAUUGCACUUUGCCAUCAUGAGCGGUCGCGACGACGUAGUGAUUGCUUUGCUGCUGCACAACGUGAACGUGAAUUGCUUGUCCGAGAACCACGAGACUGCCCUGCAUUUCGCUGUCCAGAUGAAACAACCGCGUAUUGUGGACCUGCUCUUGAAGCACAACGCCAACCAAGAUAUCCGCGACAUGAAUGGGAAGACGUCGUACGAGCUGGCAUUGGACCUCGACCACAACGCUGUCCUCGACGUGUUUGCCGCAAAUCAACGGUUGCACCGCCGCACUCCGAAACGAUCGCAGUUUUUCAAUUAAAAUGGGACCAAUUGUAAAUGAAAUUAAAUUGAUUUGGUGAAAAAAACGCAAAAAUAAUAAUUCUU